AUGGUGGACGGAGAUCAGCAGCAUAACUGGAAGUUUGCCCAGUGCUUUGGAGAUAAGGGCGACGUAGAGGACAUCACAGAAGCCGAUGUCAUUUCGACCGUUGAAUUCGACCAUACCGGUGACUACCUCGCGACGGGUGAUAAGGGUGGUCGAGUGGUCUUGUUUGAGAGGAACGAAUCGAAGAAGGGCUGUGAAUACAAAUUCUACACGGAGUUCCAGUCGCACGAGCCAGAAUUCGACUACCUGAAGUCUCUGGAGAUUGAGGAGAAAAUCAACAAGAUCAAGUGGUGUCGCCGAUCAAACGCGUCUCACUUCCUCUUGUCAACAAAUGACAAAACCAUCAAGCUCUGGAAAGUCUUUGAGAAGUCCUUGAAGGUCGUCGCGGAGAAUAACCUGUCCGACGGUAUGCGGGCACCAUCAUUGACCUCAUCAUCACUGAAACUGCCCCGCAUGUCUCACCACGAUACCAUCAUUGCCGCUGUGCCACGAAAGACAUACUCCAACGCUCACGCAUACCACAUUAACUCAAUCUCCGUCAACUCUGACGCAGAGACUUACAUCUCAGCAGAUGACUUGCGCAUCAACCUGUGGAACCUGGAUAUCGCAGACCAGAGCUUCAACAUCGUGGAUAUCAAGCCAGUGAACAUGGAGGAGUUGACGGAGGUCAUUACCGCGGCCGAGUUCCACCCAGUUCACUGCAACCAUUUCAUGUACUCGAGCAGUAAGGGAACGAUCAAGCUUGCGGAUAUGCGUGAGUCUGCUCUGUGUGACCAGCACGCGAAGCUCUUCGAGGAGCAAGAGGACCCAGCAAACAAGUCCUUCUUCUCUGAGAUCAUCUCAUCCAUCUCGGAUGUCCGAUUCUCCCGCGAUGGUCGCUACAUUCUGUCUCGCGACUACCUCACCCUCAAGAUUUGGGACGUCAACAUGGAGCGCGCACCCGUGAAGACCAUCAACAUCCACGAGUACCUCCGCGACAAACUCUGCGACCUUUACGAGAACGAUUGCAUCUUCGACAAAUUCGAAUGUACCUUCUCCGGUGACGACAAGAACGUCCUCACGGGUUCAUACUCCAACAACCUCAUGAUUUACCCAACAGAUCCUUCGAAGGAGGGCGAGAUCAUGUUGCAGGCUGAUAAGAGCGCGUUCAAGGCAAAGAAGAUUGGGCAGAAGAAAAACGCGCAGGGAAGGACGGCUAGCCCGGCGAGGAAUGGAGGAGCUACGGGGGCGAGUGGGUUGAGGAAGGAGAUUGAUCCUGAUUCAUUGGAUUUCAACAAGAAGAUUUUGCAUGCGAGUUGGCAUCCGAAUGAGGAUUCGAUUGCGAUUGCGGCAACGAACAACCUCUUCAUCUUCUCAACCAUAUAA